UCUUCUGUUUGUGCCUCAGAAAUGUCUAACUCAGAAGUCAUUGCUUCCCGGCUUUUGACAUUUAAUUAGAUGUAUAGUUAAGAAAAGCGACUUCAGAUGUUUUCUGAGUGGCCUUUUCAAGAAGAUUGCCAGUGCACACCAGAAUUGAUGGCCAAGGCAGGUUUUGCGCACUGUCCUAGUGAAAAUGAGCCAGAGGUAGCCUGCUGUUUCUACUGUCUCAGAGAGCUGGAGGGCUGGGAGCCAGAAGACAACCCCUGGUCUGAGCAUGCCAAGUGCUCCCCCAAUUGUGCCUUUCUUUGUAUGAAAAAGACAUUUGACAAACUCACAGCCAUCGAGUAUUUUCAGCUGGAACAGGAGUGGCUUCGCAUCUUGGAAUGACAGGUGUCCAAACUC